AUGGCCACUCUUCGAAGACUGUAUUCCGAACACGGCUCUGAGCAUACUCAACAGCAGGUGACUACUGUAGGCACGCAGUGGCAUCGCUCCAAACAUCUUUUCGAGCCAUGCACUCCGUCGAGGUACGAGGACAGUCCUAAUCCCCAUUUAUGCAAGUGCGAGCGUAUUCAGGAGUUCGCACCGAAGAACGCUUUUGGACGAAUUAAAGUCCCCGGCAAACUUCCACAUUCUGGUGCAGUUAUAUUCGGUCAAGGUUCUUCCCCCUGGUCUAAAGACUUGACAUCCUCCUGGUCAAGUAUCCGAGACUCCUUAAGAGGACCGGCAAUUGAAUUAAGAAACCGAAAUGAGGCGUUGGAACGUGCCUCCGAUCGAACGCAGAGACUUUCGUUGAGCGAAUCCCCAUAUUCAAGACCAAAGGAAGAGACACGAGAGCCAUCCUUGCGUGUCACGGAGGAUGCUCCUCAGAAGAUAGCCCGGAGCACAGUUGUGCAUGAUACAUACCCAAGGACGACACGACCAGCUUCCAAAACAGCCCGGUACGUAUCUUUCCAGUCAUCCAAUCAGACCACAGGAAGUUCCAGCACAGAGCGGAGCUCGCGUACAAGUACAACAGAUGCAGGCUAUCGAACACCGGCGACAUCCUAUAAUGCAGGAUCGAACACUGAUUGUACGAUAAAUCCCUCGACAAUAAACAGGACUUCGAAUCAACGACGUUAUACCAACAAUCUCGAAAAAGAAGACCAAUAUCAGCUGCAAGGCGGCUCUCACCCCAACCCGAACAUUGUUGCAGGCAAGAGCAAGCGUGUUCAGUAUUGCGAUAUGACCAAAUGCACAUUACCAUCUCUUUCUCAAUAUGCCAUGAAAACCAUGGGGCGUCCUAGGCCGAGCUUUAUAUGCCAGGAAGAGGAGGAAGAGGAAGAAGCAGAGGGUGAUGAAGCUUUAACAAAAACCUGUGUUCUUCCUCCGGACCUCAAGAUCAAACAAGUGUGCCCGCAACCACAAUUUGAAACUCGUGGUAGCCAUAUUUUGACAUUGGCUGCCACUUCGAGCGCAGCAACCUCACAAACUGGGAUACAGCAGCCUCCUGUAUUGCGCAGAAAACGGGCUUUUAAGAGGGAUAUUGCAGAGGUUGAAUCUCCUACUAAGAAUUGA